AUGGCCUCCUCUACCUCCAACGACGCUGCCAGUGCCGCCGCUUUGAACCCCGAGCCAGCGGAUCCAAAACAGCGUGCUGAGCAUGAUCUUCCUCCCAAGUCAUAUGCCGAUUCUGUGAGUCGGUCGACACCUCAAGAGAACGGUGGAGUCAACGAUGCUACCACAUCGUUAUUGAACCCCGAGCCUGCAGACCCUGAAGAUCGUGCCGCGCACAAUCUGCCUCCGAAAUCCUACGCCGACAGUGUCGUGCAAUCUCACCCUGCUCUCAACGGAGACACUUCCAGUAAAACUAAUGGUAUGGUCUCUUCUGACACGGUCAAUGGCGAUGCGAAGAAGUGGGACGGAGACAAACUGGUGUAUGAGAAGUAUACCAGCCAAGAUGGAGAGACCUCCUUGACCAGCGUCAAGGUGGACGACGAGCAAGACCAGAGCCUGAAACACAGUGAGAAGAUAGCACUGCAAGAUAUCAAGAAGGUCAAGAAACAGGAUACUCCCAAACAGCUUGCUAGUGGUCGGCAAGCUGGCGCAGGCUGGGAGAAAUCAGCUAUUCGAUGGGCACCGCUAAACGUUCCUUUACAACGUCGGCUACAAACCCUAGCGGUCUUGUGGCAUACUAUGACCAUCCCGAUCUUCCUCUCCCUCUUUUUCCUCCUCUGCGCCGUUCCGCUCACCUGGCCUCUCCUCAUCCCAUACCUUAUUUAUACGCUGUUGAUCAGCGAGGAUGCUACGAAUGGAAAACUUUCGCGGCGGAAGAACUGGCUGCGGCGGUCGAAAUUCUGGUCCGGGUUCGCCUCAUACUUUCCAGCUCGGUUACACCGAACGGUGGGUCUGGAGCCUACACGUAAAUAUAUCUUUGGAUAUCAUCCGCAUGGGAUUAUCUCGCAUGGAGCCUUUGCGGCCUUUGCUACCGAAGCCCUCGGGUUCUCCGAGCUCUUUCCGGGCAUCACCAAUACCUUGUUGACCCUUGACACGAACUUUCGGGUUCCGCUCUAUCGUGACUACGCUCUGGCAAUGGGGUUAGCGUCUGUUUCGCGCGAGUCUAUUGAGAAUCUCCUCUCCAAGGGAGGGCACAACGGCGAAGGCAUGGGCCGCGCAGUAACCAUUGUGGUCGGCGGCGCCCGAGAAAGCCUCGACGCGCAGCCACACUCGCUACGGCUGGUGCUGAAAAGCAGAAAAGGCUUUGUCAAGCUUGCAAUCCGGCAAGGCGCGGACCUAGUCCCUGUCCUCGCAUUUGGCGAGAACGAACUGUACGAUCAAGUUGAUAGUGUCGAGCACCCAUGGAUUCACAAGGGCCAGAUGGUCGUCAAGAAGAUGAUGGGCUUCACCAUCCCAUUGUUCCACGCUCGCGGUGUCUUCAAUUACGACGUCGGCUUGAUGCCCUACCGCAGCGCGGUCAACAUCGUGGUCGGCCGGCCCAUCAAGGUCAUCCAGCAGGGAACUGCGGACAACAAGGUCGACGAGGCAUACCUUGAUAAAGUCCACGCCGAGUAUGUGGAUGAGCUGGGGAGGCUGUGGGAUGGAUACAAGGAUACUUUUGCCAGGGAUCGGGAAGGCGAGCUGGAAAUCGUCGAGUAA